GUUGUCAAAAGAAGAUCUGUUUUGAGGCAAAACCCUUCCAGGGUUGCCAAAAGAGUUACCCAUUAGACCACCAUAAGAACGACUUUUCCUAAUCUUAGUACACUUAAAGCAAGACAUCAAUCGAUGCAUCGGUCAAAAAAGCCAUGAAAACCGUGCCACUAAAUGAAGCUCCAUUGAACUCAUUGUAAGCAACUUUGUCUCCUUGAAAUUUAGGCACUAAUGGAGAUGGUCUAACAGAUGGUCUAAAAGAGCAGCAACUUCGUCAGACAAGGAAGAACUCCUCAUUGAUUUAUAGGAAAAAAGUUGCCAUCAUACAAAUCAAUAUAUAUAUAUAUAUAUAUAUAUAUCCUAUUUAUCCAAUUAUCUCAAAAAAGAAGCUAGCAAACAAAAGCAAUAACAUUAAUACGCAAAUUUAAAUACUACGUUGACAUCAGCAGUUAACAUUAUGAGUUACUUUUUGUGGGUUUAAUAUUAUGAGUUACUUUUUGCAUCCACAGACUCAAACUUUAAUACGCAAACGACUCAAAGAAAUUUUCUAUAUAAACGAGUUAUAUACUACGGUAUUCAAGAACAUCAACCGCAAGAGAAAAAAAAAACAGUUCUUUAGAAGUCUUAUUACGACAAUGUCUUUUCUUGGUCAUUUACAAGUUCUUGUUUUUCUUUAUGCUCUGCUUCUUUUCUCAGCAGAAUCUCGCAAAACCCAACUAUUUGAUACAGAAUCUAGCGCUGAUGAUGGUGCUGAACACGAAAACUACGGGGAUAAGGUCGAUGCGCGAGAUAUCCCUCUGUUAUAUCUCGAGACGAAGAUUCAAAACGCUCCUGUGGGGUCACCUCAAAGACAAGAAGCUCAGAAGAAUCUGCUUGAGGAAAUAAAUCACAGGAAACAAAUCGAUCAGAACAUUAUAGAGAUUCUUAGACUUUCACUCAAAAAAACCGAUGUCUUAGAUCUCUUAACUUCCACAAGAACAACAGGACAACCUGUUGUAGAUGAUUGGGACUGCUACAAGACUCUGGUUAAAAGUUUCAAGAAUCAAUGUGGAGCAAAGAUGGAAUACGAUAUGAAGUAUGCAGGAGCACUUGCCAAUAUCUGCAAUAUGGGAGUGGAUGUGAAGAAAAGUGUUGCAGCUAUUGAAGAAGCUUGUGCCCAUUAAAUUAUAUGCAAAAAAUAAUAUUGUGAUCGCCUUAUAAAUAUGAAAGUUAUUGCAUAACAUUUGAUUGUGUGGAGAUGGUUGAUGCCUAUUUUACUUGAUAACGCGAAAGUCUUGGUCUUAAAUUGGAUUCAUAGUAUAAUAACCUCGUACCAAUUCUAGUUUCAAGAAUUCACGCGAAAGUCUUGGUCUUAAAUUGGAGAAUGAGUAAGUGAUCGGAUAAGGCUCGGCGGCACUCGAGUCAACAUCUCGUAUUCACGUGUUAUGCUUUACGGUUUACAGUUCUACAACCUUGAACCGGAGCAGCUGAUUAAAUCCUCAUAUAUACUGGUGAACGGGACAAACCGCCAGUCCCAAAAUAUCGGUUACGACUUUUGCUGCAGACCAAAAAACCCAAAGGAUAAACCCUGAAGUUUAAAUUUUUUGUUGCCAUAAAUGUUACGUAACAUUCAUUUUUGCAGAGAAUGUUCAGUCGAAGCUAGAAUUUGAUCAGUACUUCCAUUGAGUGUUUUUUUUUUCAUUUUUAAUGGAUUAAAUUAAGAAUGAUUAUGUUAUUUUACUAUUAUAUGGUUUUAUCCACCCAUAUUGUUAUUAAAAUGUUUUGCAAAAUAAAUAAUAAUAUAUCUCAUCGGUCAUUUGAUAAAUUUUGUGAUUGUCAUUUAUCAUUCUACAUAAUUUAAGUAUAAUAUUUUAUUUUAUAUUUGAAUUAAAAAAAUUAAAUUAUUAUUAUCGUUAAUAUAAUUAAUUUUAUAUAAUUUUAGUUUUUGCUUAUCAAUCAAAGCUAAAUUAAUUUUAGUCUCUAAUUAUAUUUUAUGAUAAUUAUAAUUGAAUUAAUUAAUUUUCUGCAAUAAAAUUUUCAAAGAUUCUGAAAAGUUUUUAUUAGAGUUUAUAGUGAUUGAACCGGUGGUAUGUUAAGUAAACCGGUAUAGAAAGGAGUAUAAAUACAUGUAUACGGUGUAAAAUACAGAUAAGAGAAUACAAUACAUUUUCUUUCGAUCGUAACAAACUCUCUCUUCCUCACUGGAGCUCGUAUUGUAAUAUGGUAUUGCAAAGGGCUACACACAGUUGGAGGGCUUAGACUACUUGGAUACAUUCUCGCCUGUUGCUAAGAUUGGCACUCUAUGUCUUCUUCUGAGUGUUGCCGCAGCUAAAAAUUGGUCCAUUUCGCAGUUGGAUAUCAACAAUGCCUUCCUCAACGGUGACCUUGAUGAAGAAAUUUACAUGCGUCUCCCUGAAGGUUAUGAAGAAAUCACUGGCAAGAAGUGUCCUCCCAACUCGGUGUGUAAGCUUCAUAAGUCUCUAUAUGGUCUUAAGCAAGCUUCCCGUCAGUGGAAUCAGAAGCUGUCUAGUGUAAUUCUCGGUGAUGGGUUUACUCAAACGCAUUCUGAUCAUUCCCUCUUCAUCAGAUAUGUCGACCACGUCUUCUUGGCUGUUCUUGUCUAUGUUGAUGAUAUUCUAAACCGCCAACCUCCAAAUACCGGUUACGACUUGCUGCACACCAAGAAAACCAAAGCAUAAACAAUAAAGCUCAAAUUUUGCAGAAUGUCCACAGUCAUAAAUAAUCUGAAAUGCUUUUUUUUAAUAUCUAAAUCAUAAUCUGAAUUUUUUUUCUUUCUUUUAUAUUUAAACUAUAAUUGUGUGUUUAGUGGGUCUUUACCUGGAGAUAUGACAAAAGCUGUUCUUCUCCACUUGAAACAAUAAGGUCUGCAUACUCCACACUUGUUAUAUUUCCACAAAAAUGAAAAGGCUAGAUAUUCUUA